ACACACGCGCGCCGCACGCGCAGACUCAUCUCUCGCCGUACACCAGACUCCCCAACAGGAGCAGCACGCGCGAUAAAUUCAUCCCUCGCGCGCCGCCAGGACAGUCACAGUCGUGUCCUGUUCGCGAAGAGGUGCACCACCGCUCUCCCGCACCGACCGGCUUAUCUCCGAUCGCCUGCUACGCAAAACAACAUUCCGUGUGCGAUAAAGGUUAUACACACAUCCAAAUGAUUUUCUUCGUAAAAACCGAGUAAAUAACCGAAAAUAAAAUGAAAUACCGUUCGGUAUUGUGUCUGCUGGCACUCCAAAUGACUCUCUCGUUGGUGCAUGGCGUAGAGUCACCGUUGGUAACCCAGCCGUCGUCAAUAACAACCGGAAGAAUUCCCAUCGCCUUGUCAACAAGCGCCCAACCCAAGGAAAAUACUCACGCAACGAGUGCAAUUCCAAUUGUCGGAAAUGCUGCAACGACUGUAAUCACAAGGGUUACAAGUACAAUUGCGAGUGCGAGCAGUCCGCCCUCUAGCGGCACCAGCGUGCAACAGUCUGUCUUAUCUGAAGCGACGAGCACGACAAAUAGAAUCAUGUCGACCGAUGCGACGACAGCAGGAGGAAUUUCAUCGCCGCCGACAAAGAAAGCCACGCCGUCAACUUCAACAACACUGACUCCAACAGCGGCGGCGGCGGCAUCCUCUACGACGCCGACGAACGAAUUCAUUCCGCAGCGCAUUCAGACCCAGUUGGAGGAGAAGGUCGAUUUGCUCGGAUGCGAUCUGCCGUUAUUGCCGAGGGAUUCGCAACUGUGGAAGGGCAACGAGACGCAUGAGCUUCUGCUGCCUUUUACUAUCCCCGAGGAGUGUGCGAACGCAAACGAUCGCUCUACUUGUCUACCGGCGAUAUUGUCCUGGGAGGGAUCCGCUGAGAUACAAAGCGGGGACGUGCUAUUGGUGCGCAUCGAUGAUUUGCAUCUCAUCCAACAAGCGCAGAAAAAUCACGAGGUUAUCACUAAUAACACACCACAAGAAGGGUAUAAAUAUUAUUUUAAUCUCCAAACAGGUAUAAAUUUUAUUAUUAUGUGCAGAAUGAUGCAACAACCUCUGACAGCUGUUUAUCAAGUCACACGUACUGGUCAUGAUAACUGUGAUGUCACCGAAGGCAUCCUGCUGGACAUCACACCGUUGAAGAUCGACGACCGCAAAGUGGUCACACUUUACGACAAGGAUCUCACCGAGGGCAUCAAUCUCCUUAUUGUGGUGUCAAAAUUGUGGGGUAAGCAGUGCGUGCGCUUGAAAGUGGUUGUCAAGUCGGACAACUGCGGGGAGAAUGAGGACUGCUCCGGCAAAGGACUUUGCUACUCGAACGUCUCGAUGGAGGGCUAUGAAUGCCAAUGCUGUCCUGGCUUCGUUGGCCCACACUGCGAGGAACAGGACGCCUGCUACCCGUCUCCCUGUCGCAACAACGGCAUCUGCGUCGACAUUACGCAGGGCCACGAGGGUGCGACCUUCCAGUGUCUCUGUCCCUACGGCUACACGGGAAAAACCUGCGAGGAAGAAACAGAUCCUUGCACUUCGAUGCCCUGCCAGAACGGGGCCAAUUGCACGUCGACGGCGGGCAAUGCGACAGCGUUCCGGUGCGAGUGUCCCAGGGGAUUCGCGGGCGCGCACUGUCAGCACAACCUCAACGAGUGUGAGUCCUCGCCGUGCGUCCAUGGCAUCUGCGUCGCCCAAGAGGAUGGUUACAAAUGCUUCUGCCAGCCGGGGUAUACAGGGUCGCUUUGCGAGUACGAGUACAACGAGUGUGAAUCGUCGCCGUGCAUCAACGGCGGCACGUGCACGGACAGAGUCGGCGGCUACUCCUGCAGUUGUGGGCGCGGCUUCACAGGAAAACGCUGCCACAUAAAGGUGGAUCUGUGCGAGCCGAACCCCUGCUUUGAACCACGAUACUGCUUGGACAAGGGUAACAACUACACGUGCGAAUGCCCCAAGGGAUUCUCCGGAGUGGACUGCCUCCUGCCGACGAGAGCGGCGUGCAGCACGAAUCCUUGCGCGAACGGCGGCACGUGCUGGAGCAGCGUCGAUUCGUUUUACUGUGCCUGCAAGGCUGGUUACACCGGAAAAACCUGUGAAGAUGAAUUCGUCGUGGAGAAGAUUUCCGACGUGGACACGGUGCUUGCAAAGACAGACGACAUGGAGAUUCCCCUAGGCAUUCGUCUCGACCGAAUUCACAAUGUUUACAUUGCGAUGGGCACGUUAGUAACAGCCAUUGUCAUCGUUAUAACAAUUGUGACCGUUUGUCAUUGUCGAGUGAAUAAAACGUACAAACGUUUUGCGAUGCGAGCGAAGCCGUCGUGGUGGCCGAGUUGGCACGGACGACGAGUGCCCGAGGUCGUACCUACCAAUAGCGAAUGGUUCAGCGGCAAGGACAAAGCACCAAUGGCGACGCCCAGUCGUAGUCUGCCAGCACUGGACACGACAGACAUGUACUACACCCUGGACUUCAGCGACAGCCAGAGUUCGCCGCUGAUACAGUGAAAAGCGGCGUUUUUCACCGGAAUGCUCGCACGACCGCUUUUUGCACUCUCGUUCUUCUCGCAACCACGGCGGAAAAAAGAAGAUCAUUAGGUGACGCGUGCGUGAAUGCCGGUGAUUUAUUGCCGUUCACAACGGUCGGCGAAAGUUACUCACGAAAUUAUAGAAAAGUUUUAAUUUUCACCCACCCUCGGCGACGGAUUGAUUUUCUAUCAAACGCGCACAAAGUAAACACCGUUUCGUAAAGCAGUAAUGCAUUGCAGCUCAGCUCAGUCAAGCAGAAAUUAGCGCAACGUCUAAAUAGUCUAACUAUCAUUAAGAUAAACUAUAGAAGUGUUAAAUUGUAACGCAAAAAAAAACAUGGACAACAGCGGUAACCCGAGCGCUGUUGGUGUAGUUGGCGCGCGUCGCUAUAAUUUAUUAAUUAGUUAAUUAGCAAAUCCCCACCGAUGUUUAUCGAUUGUUUCGGCUCAUUAUUCUGCGAUUUUGCAACGCUCAGAAUAAGCAACAGCUAGUGCAUCACACUGCAGCGCACUUGAUCCUGACUUAUUCGAUAAUGUGCACUGAUUGAUUUGGUUUUGAUUUAGUUGAUGCAACUUGUAAAUAAAUGUACCUUGCAUUUAGCGAUCCAAUCGUAUUCCAUCCACAUUGUUCAAUCAUCAAUUUCAAACAAUUUUAAACGUGCAUUAUUACUACCUAAACGUUCUAGGAUAAAUGGCUAACUAUAAAGUAUUGAAUAACUAUGAACUACGAUAAGCUAUGAGGACGCGAAUUGUGCGCAAAUUGUUUAUCGAACGGCUAUAUGCUGGAAAGCGAGGACUAGAGAAACCGCCUAUUUAUUAUUACAUUGUUAUAUUUGUAACUGUACUUAUUUCAAGUAUGAUUAUAAUUGUACUGGUAUUGCCAAAUCCAAAAUAAAUUAAUGAAUUAAA